AUGCAUUACGUCCGGGACUGCACCUACACGAAGCAUGUUUGCCGGGACUGCAAGCAAACCGGCCACAAGGAAGGUUACUGUGGAUGCUACACAUCCAAGGCGACGACGUCCAAGAAGAAGAAAACCGUCAACGGAAUUUUCUGCAUCAACCAGGUGAGCUGUACAUCAAGGCGGAAGUUCCUGACUGUGGACAUCAACGGGUCACAAGCUACUCUUCAGUUGGACACUGCGUCGGACAUCACCAUCAUUUCGCAGAAGGUGUGGAGGAUGAACCUGGGAUCGCCAUCACUCACAACCACAACACGGACUGCCAAAACAGCGUCGGGAAAUCAACUCCAUCUUCUCGUCACGGUCGGAGGAGUCACCAAAACCGCAACUUUCUAUGUAACCAGAAACGGCAUCAACCUGUUCGGAUUGGAUUGGAUCGAGCUAUUCGAACUGUGGGAUACACCGCUGUCUUCAAUUUGCAAUCAAGUCCAAGCCACUUCAGAUCACAUCAAUCAAGUCGAUCGGUACAAAGCUGCGUAUCCAGAAGUCUUCAAGUCCGGCCUUGGACACUGCAAAAAGAUGAAAGUACGACUGUAUCUCAAGCCCGAUGCUAGACCCGUUUUCAAGCCUAAACGACCAGUUCCUUACACGUCCAUGGAGAAGAUCGACGCAGAGUUGGACCGUCUCCAAUCAUUGGGAAUAAUCGAACCAGUGGAUUUUUCACAGUGGGCUGCUCCGAUCGUUGUCGUGAAGAAACCUGGAGGAAAAGUUCGAAUAUGUGCUGACUACUCAACAGGAUUGAACGCUGUCUUGGAGCCGAACCACUAUCCACUACCAGUUCCUGAUGACAUCUUUACGAAGCUCAACGGUUGCCGGUAUUUUAACAUCAUCGACCUCAGCGACGCCUACCUUCAAGUGGAAGUGGAUGAUGAUUCAAAACAGCUGCUCACAAUCAACACUCACCGAGGACUUUUCCGAUUCAACCGGCUCGCACCUGGUGUCAAAUCUGCUCCCGGGGCUUUCCAACAAUUGAUGAAUACCAUGAUCGCCGGUCUCAAAGGAGUGGAUUCGUUUUUGGACGACAUUUUCAUCUACAGCAAAACCGAAAAGGAACAUCACCAGAUUCUCAACGCACUAUUCAAACGACUUCAAGAUUAUGGUUUCGUUUUGCGCGAAGAAAAGUGCAACAUUCUUCAGAAUCAAGUGAAGUUUCUGGCACACAUCGUAGACGAGAAAGGCCUCCAUCCUGACCCAGCCAAAGUGGAUGCCAUUGUGAAGAUGCCGCCUCCCAAAGACGUCACAACCCUACGUUCAUUCCUUGGUGCAGUAAACUUUUAUGCGAAGUUCGUGCCCGAAAUGCAUCAACUGCGACGCCCGCUUGACGCAAUGCUCAAGAAAGACGCAAAAUUCGUUUGGACCAAAGAAUGCCAGAGAUCGUUCCAGCGUUUCAAAGAGGUACUCCAAUCGGAUUUGCUCCUGACCCAUUAUGACCCUUCAUUGGAUAUCAUUGUUGCUGCCGAUGCUUCGCAAUCUGGAAUCGGUGCCUGCCUUCUACACAAGCUUCCGGAUGGUUCAAUCAAAGCCGUGGCGCAUGCAUCUCGAUCACUCACUCCGGCAGAGGCAAAUUACGGACAGAUAGAGAAGGAAGGACUCGCACUGGUUUUCGCUGUAACAAAAUUCCAUCGAAUGCUGCUAGGUCGCAAAUUCACUCUCCAGACGGAUCACCAACCACUCCUGCGAAUUUUUGGACAAAAGAAGGGAAUUCCGGUUCAUACGGCCAACCGCCUUCAACGUUGGGCUUUGACGCUUCUAUGCUAUGAUUUUGAAAUCGAGUACGUGUCCACAACUCAAUUUGGAUAUGCCGACGUUCUCUCUCGCCUCAUCGACAAUUACGUCAAACCAGAGGAAGAUUUCAUCAUCGCAUCCAUUCAAUUAGAAGACGACAUCGAAAUUCCGCUUCAAGAAGCUAUCAGCUCGCUACCCGUGACAUUCAAGUCGGUUCGUGAUGCUACUCUCAAAUGUCCAGUCCUACAGCAAGUGACAAACUUCAUCAAGAAUGGGUGGCCUUCCAAACUCGACAACAUCACCAGCACGGCAGUACAACCCUUUUUCGCUCAUCGAGACGCACUAUCAGUAGUAAAGGACUGCAUCAUGAUGUCUAACCGUUUGGUCAUUCCGGAAAACUACCGUCAGCGUAUCCUCAAGCAACUCCAUAGAGGACAUCCAGGAAUGGAGAGGAUGAAAGCUGUUGCACGCAGCUACGUGUAUUGGCCAAGGAUCGAUGACAACAUUGUCGAUUUUGUUAGAAGAUGUGAAAGCUGCGCUAUCCAUUCGAAAACACCGACGAAAGUUUCCCUGCAAUCCUGGCCAUUAACCAAAUCUCCCUGGGAACGUCUUCACAUCGAUUUCGCUGGCCCGCUCAACGGUUUGUACUUUCUGGUAGUUGUUGACGCCUUUUCCAAAUGGCCAGAAAUUCGCAUCGUACGAUCCCCGACAUGGACAUCCGACAUGGACGAGAACACAGCAGUAACCGAGUUCCUGAACGAGCUGUUUUCACGAUUUGGAAUUCCCAACGUCAUAGUUUCCGAUAAUGGCACCCAAUUCACAUCGGAACAGUUCGCAGUUCUGUGCAGAAGAAACGGCAUUCAACACUUCCGGAUUUCACCGUAUCACCCUCAGUCCAAUGGUCAGGCGGAACGAUUCGUCGAUACUCUGAAAAGAUCUUUGCACAAAAUCAACGAGGGGGAAAACAUGUCAGAAACGCUCCAGACUUUCCUUCAAGUAUACCGGACCACUCCAAGUCGUGUGCUGGACGGCAAGACUCCAUCGCAGCUGAUGCUUGGUCGGAACAUGAGGACAACUCUGGAUCUGCUCCAUAAUGAACAACCACCACCGGCAAUUCGCAAUCACCACCAAGAAGAGCAGUUCAACCGAAAGCAUGGAGUAACUACACGAGACUUCCAUCGAGGUGACAUGGUCUACGCCAAGGUCUACAGCAGCAAUACCAAGUGGCAGUGGGUUCCCGGCGUCAUCAUUGAAGCUAUCGGACGAGUCAACCAUAACGUACUAUUGGACGACUGGCAUGGACGAAAAAAGCUGAUAAGGUCGCAUUCAAACCAACUCAAGCUCCGUUUCAAUGAAGCAUCGGUCGCAACGGAUUCAACCGCCUUGGACAUCCUGGUAGACAUGUUCAGUCUUCAAACAAGAUCACCGGCAUCGCAAGUCCAAAGGAUUCAACCCGAGCAAGAGACGAUUCCAAUUCCAUCAACCUCCAGUUUUGAACCACAGCCUGAAAUGGAUGAUCAAUUACCGGCAGUUUCAAAUCAACCAGGACGCACUGAGGACGGUUCCGAGUCAAUGAUAGAGCAUGGUCGAGCCGAACAGCCAGAACUAAUCGAUGACACCAAUGAUCCACCGGUCGAGGUCAAUUUCGCACCAGCAAGAUCAAGCCGCCCUCAAAGAACAAUUCGGAUGCCUUCCAGAUUUGAACCAUACCUACUUUGGAGAUAA